AAAGUGACAUGGGAUUAAGGGACCAUAGCAGCAAGGUACGUUUUACGGAGCCCCGUGGAUAAGCGCCUGCAUGAGUAGGGAUAUAAGAAGAAAGUCUACGCUACUCACUACACACAAGAUCCACAAUGCCACAAUAUUCCAGCGACGAAGACUCUUACGAGAGCGACGACCCGCCAUGGCGUAAAUACCCUGCUAGAGAGGAAGAUCAUUAUGAUUACGAAGACGAUGAAGACGAAGAUCAUAAAGACAAUGACGAUGAAGACGACGAUGUCGAUGUCGAUGUCGAAGACGAAGAAGCUGACGAAGUCGAUGAAGUCGAUAAAGCCUUGUACGUUAACCAAUCUGGCGGCGAUGAUGACUUUGGCAGUGACGAUGACUCUAGAAAUAACUUUAGGCUCAGCUCCAGGUCUAAUGGACAACCGUCAUAUACUCAGAAUAUAAUCAUGAACAACAUAAACGUGCAUGCUCCUGGAGUGCGUCCUACUGGAGCCCUGCUGACGCGAGGGAACGAUCGCGUGGUUCGGAGUACAAGAGAAUCGCAUCAGAUGACAGUAUCUGGGAACGAUCGCAGGGUUCGCGGGUACAAUAGAAUCGCAUCGGAUGACAGUAUCAGGGAACGAUCGCAGGGUUCGGGGUACAAUAGAAUCGCAUCGGAUCACAGUAUCAGCGCAAGGGAACGAUCGCAGGAUUUUCGGGUCACAUCAGAAUCGAGUCAGAUCACAUUAUCAUCACAAAGGUCAAGAGCACGACUGCUGUGAUGGGCGUCAAAAUGCUAGAAAUAUUGUAGUCACAUUGUUGUGGAAGAACGGGGAAUUCUGCAGAGUGGGUUGCAUUCAUGCUAAAUUUGUAUGUUUUUUGUCUGUUUUAUUUUUUUCUUCUUUGUUUAUAUUGAAACAAUUAUCCCUAUGGGCUUGGACUGUAUUAUAUCGUAUG